AUGAGGCAAAUUGUCUCCUUUGACAAGCUCAAACUCACCAACAACUUGAUGGAUGACAAUGGCCAUAUUAUCCUGAACUCAAUGCACAGAUACCAGCCUCGCUUCCAUGUGGUGGUGGUGGAUCCACGUCCAGACAGUGAGCGUUAUGCCCAGGAGAAUUUCAAAUCCUUCAUCUUCACCGAGACUCAGUUCAUGGCAGUAACAGCCUAUCAGAACCACCGGAUCACACAGCUGAAAAUUGCUAGUAACCCCUUUGCAAAAGGAUUCCGGGAAUGCGAGCCAGAUGACUGGCCAGGCUCCCUGGGGCAACUGUUUGGCUGUUUAUCUCGGAACGGAGGUACAGCUCCCUUAGCUCAGCUGCAAGAGACUCCAGAGAAAGGAUUUACCAGCAAUCACCACCUGCCUCCUUCCGUCCUCAAGGAAGCCUCCCAGCUCCAGCACCCGCCCCUGGGGACACCUGCCAGCCUCCCAGAGAUGUGUAUUCCACGCCGGCCCUUGAAUGAAUCGCCAGGGGCCCUGCCCUACAAGCACCUCUCCUAUCACAGUAUCUAUGUGGGAGCCCGGUCACGGACAGCACCCUACGCACUCCCCAGCAGUCGGGCCACGAGCUUCCAUGCUCUCAACAUCUACACCACUAGUGGGUAUGAACAGUGAAGGAAAGGGAUGGAGUGGAGAAGCCGCGGCCUGUCCUCCUCC